AUGACAGGAGGCAUUGGAUCAGUGAGGCAGUGGGAGGGGCUUGGCCAGGCAUACUUUCUUCUAGACCUCGAACACGAAGGCUGCUACGCGGAGACAUGUGCCACAUUUGCACUGAUCAACUGGUGCAACCGUCUCUUAAAGCUGGACCUGAACUCUGAAUAUGGCGAUGUCAUGGAGACUGCUCUGUAUCAUGGAUUUCUCGGGGCCGUCAAUCAAGAAGGCGACGCAUUCUAUUACCAGAAUGUCUUGAGAACACGAGCGGAGAGCUAA